AUUAUUUUUUCUUCAAGCGCCUGUUUGACAUUGACAAAUCGAUCAGAAUAGUCAAUGAACUAGAGAUUGACCCGGUAACUAAACAACAUGGGACUUCUCACUGACCCUAAGCGACAGAAGAAGAUUGUGGAAGCGAUCUCAAAGUACAACAAUUGGCUCUGUGUUUUGUGCUACUUGUCGGGAGUUAUUGGGUUUCUGGCUCUAGCAUAUCAGCCCCUUAAUGGGGCAACAUACUUCUCUGAAAAUGCACUUUUGCCAGGAUUGGUCACAAAUGAGUUUUACGCAGAGAUAAAUAUGAAUGCUCUAGCAUCUGAACUUAAAGAGGAAUUUAAUAAAGAAAAGAGAAAAGUUCCCAGAGAGUGGAUUUACAAUCAUUUGCGAGAGAUAGGGUUGGAUACUUACAUACAGAACUAUUCCAUCAAAUAUCCACUCGACAUUGCCAAAGGACAGAACAUUCCAGGACAGAAUGUGUAUGGGAUUUUGCGUGCCAAACGCUCAGCCAGUACAGAGGCUGUUGUCUUGACAACACCGAUGCGGCCGAAGGAUUCGGACCUACCCUCCACUACAGGAGGAAUCGUACUGAUGCUUGCCAUGGCAAAGUACUUCAGAAGGCAGACCUACUGGUCAAAGGACAUUAUAUUUCUUGUGUCUGACCAUGAACAAAUUGGGCUUCAAGCCUGGUUGGAUGGAUAUCACGAUAUCAAAUCAGAAUACAUUGUACCCAGUGAUGUAAUGGGUAGGAGUGGGGCUAUCCAGGCAGCCAUAAACCUGGAAAUUCCUGACGGAAACAUCCGUUAUUUUGACAUAAAGAUUGAGGGCAUGAAUGGCCAGCUUCCGAAUCUUGACUUAUUUAACCUUGUAGUAAAAAUCUGCAACCAAGAAGGGGUGGAUGUUUCUUUCCAUAGGAAUUUUGACACAAUGGACCCACAGUCUGUGGAUGGAUAUGUACAGAGUGUGAAGACUAUGCUGGAGAUGAUGUGGUCCCAGGCAGCUGGCACACCCUCAGGUAAUCAUGGACUCUUCCACAAAUACCAUAUAGAGGCUGUGACCUUGCAGGGAAUUCGGAGGAAGAACAGCAAUUACGCAUUUCCACUAGAAAGGACAGGAAGAAUAUUAGAAGGAAUAUUUCGAAGUUUAAAUAACCUUCUGGAGAGAUUCCACCAGUCUUUCUUCUUCUAUAUUCUCCCUGGAACCAGAAAUUACAUUUCCAUUGGAAUGUACAUGCCUCCGUUUGGUCUUAUAUGUGCCACAGGACUCAUCAAAGCUGUGGCAAUUUGGGUGACAUUGAAAAAAGACCAGGAAAAUGAAGAUAAAGAAAAGAAGAAGGAAAAAGAGAAGUCUGAAAAGGAGGGAGAGGAAGAUGAAGACAGGGAAGGUAAACAUACAGAGGAAGAACUAGACAAAGAGGUGGAGGAACUGAGGAAGACAAUAAUGGAUGAAGAUGUAGAAGAGGAGGCAGCGGCAGAGGGCCUGAUCUCCAUAAUGCCUGUUAUCCUAAUCAGUGUAAUGAUGGGGGUGUUCUCCUACACCGGACCAGACUUCAUCACCAUGUCAGCACCACCUUUUAGAAUUAAAAUGGAGGACAACAUUAGCUUUGGGCUUAUGGCGCUGUACACAGCCUCAUUAAUGGUUCCUAGACUCAUAAGCAGGAAGCAGCCUGGAGCGGGAAAGAAGCUAAUUUUUGAUUGGCGGUUACUGAAGUGUGUCACUCUGCUCUACCAAUCACUGUUUUUGUUCUCUGUGUCAUUGAUGAACAUCUCUUUGGCCUUCUUUUUAGCUGUGAUUCUUAUGCCUAUUACAGUUAUUGUACAACCAACAAAAAUACGAUUGCUGCUGUGGAUACAGAAAUUUUUCCUUCUGUUGGUAUCACCAGGUGUGUUGCUAUUUAUAGCAGCAGUGAUCACCAGUUAUGGAGAGAAACACGCUGAUUUUCUAGAUUUACUGGUGAAUUCCUGGAGCUUUAUGAAGACCAACAUUUUCCUGACAAUCAUUGACAAAUACUUCUUUGGCAGCUGGAUGUUCAGUCUAUUCUCUUUUGUCAUUCUGCCAAAUUGGUUGAUGUUUUGGAGUAUAGCACAUUGUAGUAUUGAAUAGAAAAUCUUUCUCAUUAAUAAUUGUGUGCAAGAUUUUUUUGUGUUCACUUGUGUUUGGAAAUAGUAAUGCAAAUGUAAGGGCUAGCACUUGUACAUUGUAGCAAUAUUUGUUUUGCAAGAGAAUGUUAGUCCAGUGUAUGUUUUAAAAUAAUUUUGAGUGAUAGCACAAUUUUUAGUGCAUAAACAAAGAAGGUACAUGUACAUUUUACCUGUGUUUUGAAGAUAAAACCAUGAAUACAAAAAAAAUUUCAUUUGAUGAAAGUUUUAACCAAAAUAUUUUGUAUUAAUCAAAAUUGUGAUGUCACAUUACUAACAUGCAUAGAUCAUAUUAUCACUCAUUGAAUCAUGUUUAAGAUGCUGCUAACAUCCCAAACAUUUGUGUCAUUGUCGUUGUUUCAUUGCUGAAACAGUCAAUCCUCUCUCACAAGUGAAAAAUAUCCCUAAGGGCUUGUGCUUUCAUGUUUGCAUGUAUAUGAAUAUUUUCCAUUCAGAUUUGAAAAAAAUUGUAAAUGUUACACCACAUUUAUGUAUUUCAAACCUUUUGAAAAGGAAUGUAUCUUCAUUAUUGUAGAUACUGUCACAAUUAGACUGGAAAAAUACAUGUACUAUUAUGUGCAAUUAGUCAUUUUCUCUAUUUUAUUUUUCUGCAGGAGAAUAUUUAUAUAAAGUGGGUUUUUUUUUCUCAAAUUAUUUCGUAUGUGCAAUUUUUAAGAAUCUAAUGAAUAUUGGUAUUUUUCUAAGUCAUUUUUUGUAUGUUUGAGUUUCAAGGAUCCUAUAAAUUGAAGAAAAUAUGCAUAUUAGAAAUAAAAUGUAACAAACUUGC